GAAAAUCAUGUGGUCAGUGUUUUUUAAAGUUUUAUAUUGUUUAGACUACUUCCUGUUUGGAAAUUCAGCAGUCCUGCAAGUUGACUCACGAUACUGUUUACACAAUUCUAUUUCUAUUUCGCACCAGACAGGAAAACUGUAAUACCAAAGUAAAUCAUGGCAGAUCCUAGAGUCAGACAAAUAAAGAUAAAAACAGGUGUUGUCAAAAGACUGACAAAAGAGAAACUUUCCUAUGAAAAAGAGUCAGAGCAGCAGGAAGCAAAAAUAGAGAAAAUGAAGACAGAAGGAAAGGAUGAAUAUGAUAUAAAGAAACAGGUAGAAGUCCUAGGGGAGUGUAAACAAAUGAUUCCAGACUCAUUGAAAAGACUGAAAGUAGCCCAUGAAGAAUUAACUAAAUUAUUGGAAAAAGAAGAAGAUUUAAAGGAAGCUGAAGAAUACAAAGCUGCCGAGACAUCUUUAACAGAAGCUAAUGCUGUAAUGGGAUAGAUGUUUUUUAUAACUUGUAGUUAUAAUACACAAUGUAUAUAUUUGUUAUCACAGGAACUGAUCCUAAGGUUUUAUUCCUUGCACAAUUCAUCCAUUAGUAAGAAGUAGAAUUCCUAUUAAGUCACUAAAAUUUUACUGACUACUGCAUUAUAAUUGACAAUGAUUCUUCAUUUAUUUUUUGAAUGUUGCCAAUUUUUUACUUGAAUCUGUCUUGAAUCAUAAUGAGAAUGUGACGUUGGAUUUUAUGUUAUCCCAUCAUCAUUUAAAAAAAUUAGUUGAUAUUUUACAUUUCCAUUUGAAAUAUUUACUGAAUUUAAUAGCCAUGUUCUAUUGUAUUUUUAUUCCAGGUUUACUUUUCAGGGUGUUUAAAAUACCAUACGACAUCAGAAAUUGUUUCUUUCUUUUCUGUUUUUUUUUUUUAGAUAAAUGUUAUUCAAUUCAUCAUUAUUUUUUCAGAAAUUCUUUCCUAAAUUUUGGCCUGGUUUCCACAAAAGUAAUUAUUGAGAAACACAAAAGUUCAAUAUUCAAAUUAAUCAUGCAUUUAAAAAGGGCUUGGAAUUCCAUAUCAAAUAUACAUGAAAGCAUGUUUGUUUUUAGACUUUUUGGAAAAAUACAAAGCUUGAAUGAAAAUGGUAUGAGGAAUGCUUAUGGAUGUUUGAUACAGAGUUGUGAUCUAUUAUGGAUUUGGAACAAAAGAGAUGUUGUGCUAUUAAAAUUGUUGAUAAAACUGUGCUUUUUUAUAUACAUAUUUCAUAUACAGUUGUAUUGUUAGCUUAGAAAUAAAAAAAAUCCAAUAUGA